AUGCAGUCGCUUGCACAAGAAAUAAAAUCAUUUUCCAAAACAAAUUUGAGAAAACAAUGUACUCGGGUGACAACCUUAAGCGGAAGGCGGAUUAUUGAAACAUGGAAAGGAUCAACUGUACAUGUGGUAGAAGACACUGUACAGUCCGGUACAGCCUGUGGAUAUGUACAGGAUAACAGCUGGGAUCUUCAAGUUGGUUUUGUCAAACCAUAUCUGCUUCUCGGCUCACAGGAUGCCGCUCAUGAUUUUGGCACUUUAAGAAAAUAUAAGGUCACACACAUACUGAACGUUGCAUAUGGUGUUGAGAAUGCCUUUCCUGAGCUGUUCAUCUAUAAAACACUAAGUAUACUCGACCUGCCUGACACAGACAUCCUCUCCUAUCUCCAAGAGUGUUCUGAGUUCAUAGACCAGGCCAAAGCAGAGAAAGGGAUUGUGCUUGUGCACUGCAACACCGGAGUUUCUCGAUCGGCCUCCGUUGUCAUCGGAUACCUGAUGUCUAGGGACGGCCGGGGCUUCGAUGACGCGUGUGCUGUGGUGAAGUCAGCGCGACCGGCCUCGUGCCCUAACCCAGGCUUUCUGCAACAGUUAAAAAACUUCAGACCACAAGGAGACAAACAGGCUAACGGUUUGGAUCAUGCUUGA